CAUACAGUCAGUACCCGUUGUUAACAUGAAGGUUUUAGUAGUUUUUGCUCUUUUGGUGGCUUGCGCCCAAGCUGGCAACAUUGGAGAUAUUGCCCAAAAAUUGAUUCCCAGCUUCGCCACUGGCUACGUCAUCAAGGGCGAAGACGCCCAGGAACACGCCGCCCCCUACAUCGUCUCAUUGAGCAGAACUACGAAGCACUCCCACAUCUGCGGCGGUACCAUCAUCGCCAAGGAAUGGAUCUUAACUGCUGCUCACUGCAUUAGCAACCCAGUUGGUAUGGGUGUUGUAGCCGGUUUGCACGUUCGCACAGAUUUCAACGAGAAGACCCAAGCCCGUGAAGUCGAUUUCGGUAAGGUACAUGAAAACUACGAUGGUGGUGUUGGUCCCUACGAUAUUGCUCUUUUGCACGUGUCUGUACCCUUCGAAUUCAAUGCCUGGGUCCAACCUGCUGCCUUGCCCUCCGUUGAAGAAAUCCAUUCCGGCGAAACUCACCUGUAUGGAUGGGGCCAACCUAAAUCCUACGUUCUCACCGCUGCCAAAACUUUGCAAACCGUCCAAACUCAAAUUGUCGAAUUUGAAAAAUGCAAGGAAGUCUUGCCCGAAACCGCCCCAUUGCACGAGACUAACGUCUGCUCAGACUCUUUGCAACAAAGUAUCUCCGCUUGCAACGGUGAUUCUGGCGGCCCAUUGGUUAUUGAACACGAAAACGCUCCCUCCGAAUUGAUUGGCAUUGUUUCAUGGGGUUAUAUUCCCUGCGGUUUGGCUAACUUGCCUUCCAUUUACACCCGUGUCUCUGCUUACGUUGAUUGGGUUGCCAAAAUCCAACACGCCUACUAUGUCCUCCACUAAAAA